UGUUCCCAAGUGCAUGGGGCAGGGAAAGGGGCCUGGUUGACCUGUGUAGUGGCCCUCAGUUUGGGGGAAGUGAUUUGCCGUUGCACUCUUGAGGUGACUUGUUAAUAAAUGUUGUCAGGGGAGUUUCAGGUUUAGAUUCCUGCACUGGGGUAGUUAAAUAGACUUGAUUUGGUAUUUUGAAUGUUUGCAAUCCGCCUUUCCUCCCUUGUCGUUCCCUCGAUGCUUCCUAUUGUCAUAUUGCAGAGGUAACAGCAGUCUCAGGCACUGAGCUGUUCCGACAGGCCCCUGUCCAAGGCCCCCUUGACCUCAGUGGAAUGGGGCUCAGCCUAGGUUCAGGGACUACAGGGGCCUUGCAGCAGGACCUAACAUGCUCUGCUCUGUGACUGAGAAUGUAGAAGAUAGCAACAUGGACAAAAAACUCCAUUACGUUAAAAAAGAGCUGCUCCGAAGGGAAAUUCCUCCAGUCUUGUUGGUGCUGCUGCUUCUUGCUGUGCUGCUCCUGAAUUUCCUUCUGUACAUGCAUCUCAACAAUUUCUCUGUCACCACCAGGCAGCCUGACGUGGACUCCAGUCUCUGCCCAUUUGGGUACUUCAGAUUAGGACCAUUGAAAAAUUGCUCGCCGUGGCUGUCUUGUGAAGCCAUAAAUACAGAAGUCAGGAAACUGAAGUGUGUUGGUGAAGGGGCUGUGAAAAAGGUCUUUCUUUCUGAAUGGAAGGAAAACAAAGUAUCCCUUUCCCAGCUCGCCAACUCAGAGCUGAAGGAUGAUUUUCUUCAUGGACUGAAGAUGAUGAAGUCUCUCCAGAGCAAGUAUGUUGUCAAACUGCUUGGCUAUUGCGAGAAGCAGUUCACAAUCCUUACCCAGUAUCAUCCGUUAGGCUCCCUGAAGAGCCUGAAUGAAAUGCUGGACCUUCCCAGAUAUAAGGGCUUGAAUACUUGGCAUCGCAGAUUCAUGCUCGCAAUAGACUAUGUGAGCAUCAUCCAUUAUUUGCACAACAGUCCUUUGGGCACCUUGGUAAUGUGUGAUUCCAAUAACUUGGACAAGGUGUUAUCGCAAUAUCUGCUGACAAGUGACUUUCAUGUUCUGGUGAAUGACUUGGAUGCCUUGCCUCUUGUGAACAAGAGUGCUGGCAGGCUGGUGAAGUGUGGCCAUCGGGAGCUCCAAGGCGAGUUUGUAGCUCCUGAACAGCUUUGGCCCUAUGGGGAGGAGGUGCCAUUUGAAGAUGACCUCAUGCCUCCGUAUGAUGAGAAGACGGACAUAUGGAAAAUCCCUGAUGUCUCCAAUUUUUUCUUGGGCCAUGUUGAAGGGAGUGAUAUUGUCAGGUUCCAUUUGUUUGACAUCCAUGCAGCAUGUAAGAAGAAGAACCCAGCUGAAAGGCCUUCCGCCCAGAUGGUCAUGGACACAUACAGGAAAAUUUUAACAUUGCUGCUCAGAGAGGCUGCCAUGCCUGGUACCAGGGAAAUGUUAUAAAUGACUAUGAGACAUACAUGUACUCUGGUUGAUGUCCUUUUAUUUAUUUAGCACCCAUUGGGUGCUAGGUCCUUUACAAACCAGUAACAGGACAAGGUCUCUACCAAAGAACAAAGGAGACAAAAUUGACACUUGUGAUGGUUUGGGAAAAGGUAAAUCUGUUUCAUGAAAAAAUGGAAAUGUUUUGACCAAAACCCCCCCAAUUUUGAGGGGUUUUAGGUUUUUUUUUAUAUCUCCCUUUUCCCUUUUUGCCACUGGAAGAGGAGGGGCAGGAGAGGAAGAUAAAGCGGGGGUGGUAUUUUUGGUUUUGAAAAAAGAAUA